AUGCCGAAAACUCCAUAUGUACCGCGACAAACUCAACUCUCAGCAUCAUAUUCCGGUGGCUCAAUCGCUAGUGGAAAAUUAUAUCCAAGCACUCCGAGAACAGUUACUCAAACAAAUAUAAAAUCAUUACGACAAGUCAAAAGUAAACGAAGUUUUAAAUUUUCAAGACCGAAAUGGAUGACAAAAAGAUUUUUAAUUAUUGCUGGAGUUAUCUCAUGUAUAGUAAUUAUUGCAGCUAUUGUUAUACCAAUAGCAGUUAUAUUUAGACGCGGUACAUCGGCGACAGUCACAACAACAACUGCUCCUACUCUAGUCGUUGCCUAUUGGGGAUUUGACCAGAAUGCAUAUGAAUUAUAUGGUAAUUAUAAUGGUACAACAAAUUGUGGUUCAUGUCAAUAUAGCACGACAAGUUAUUUUGGUGGCUAUUUUUUUUAUGUAUAUGGUGUAGGCUACUAUAUGCAGGUUCCAGCUACAUCCUAUUUUAAUUUAAAUUCAAGAAGUUUUACAUUUGAAGCGUGGAUUUAUUUACAGAGUCUAUCAGUUGGUGAUCAACCAAUAUUUAGUCAAUGUACAUGUACAACAUGUUCAAAUCAAUGUUUAGUUUUGAUGAUUCGAAGUAGUAAGCUUUUUAUGACUUUUACUUAUAAUGAUUUAUCUGGUACAACUACAUUAGCAACGGGCACUUGGUAUCGUGUUACAUUUGUUUAUAAUUAUUAUACAUAUCAACAAAUUAUUUAUAUCGACGGUGUACAAGAUGCAGUUCGUACGAGUUCGUCACACUAUCUCGGUACAAAUGGAUCAAUGUAUUUCGGAUAUUCACCACAAUUACCAUCGAAUUAUUAUUACGGUUUCAUUGAUAGUGUAACAUUAAGUUCAACAGCUAAAACUUCAACACAAGUACUAAAUGAUGCUACUGUAAUAUUCUAUUAUUCAUUUGAUCAACCAUCGCCCUACUAUGAUAAUGGUCCAUAUCAUUUAAAUUAUACAUCUGCAAAUAAUUUAGCUAUUACAUCAGGAAAAUCGGGUCAAGCUAUACGUUCAACAAGUACUUCUAGUUAUCUAACAAUUUGUUGUUGGGGUACAAUUGGUUAUCCUACUACUAGAUCGCUUUCAGCUGCUAUAUGGUUUAAUCCAUCAUCUAUAAAUGGCGGUGUUUUUGUCUAUAGUCAAAAUGGUAUAAAUCUACUUGGUUUGACAUACAGUGGACAAAUUAUUGCACAAAUCUAUGCAUAUCAACCUGUACAAACUUAUUACCCUAUCAUUGGAUCAUUUGCAACAAUUAGUACUUGGACACAUGUAGCCUUUACUUUCAGUGUAACAAACGGACUAAUUUUAUAUAUAAAUGGUGUAGCACAGGGAUCAAUAACAGGUAUUACACAAUAUUAUUGGGCUUCUAAUCAAGUAUCACUACAACUCGGUUAUGGUAAUGGUAAUCAAUAUGGUUAUAUACCAGGCUAUGGUUUUCAAGGUACACUUGAUGAAUUUUAUAUUUAUAGGAGAGAACUAAGCUCAUCUGAUGUAUUAACAUUAGCCAGUAUAUAG